AUGGAAAACGAUCAAUUGUCAACUUCGGUCUCACCUUUAGCAUUAGGUGGUGCCAUAACAGGCAUUUUUGUGCUUAUUUUUUCAAUUAUUUAUUUAUUUGUUCGAUCACCUUCAUCGUCAGAGACGGAUGAAACUGAAAAGCCAAGUAAAACAGAGAAUGAUCGAAAAAAGUCAGCACCAAAAUCGACAACAACAAAGCCCAUAAAGCAAGAUACAAAAGUAACAAAUAAAUUUGCACAUCCAUGGUUAUGUGCAUCAUUACGAGCUCAUUCAAGUUCAGUAACUGGAUUAAAUUUUAGUCAUAAUGAUAAAUAUCUUGCAUCAGUUGCUGAAGAUGAUAGUGUUCUUUUAUGGCCUACAAAAGAUUUUGAUGGAAAAGAACAUAAGCAUACUCGAGUUAAUAUUGCAUUUGAUCAAGCCAAUCGUGUCAUAUUUAGUCCGGAUGGAAAAGCAUUUCUUGUUAAUUUAUUAAAAGAAAAUGUUAUUCGUGUAUACAAAUUUGAAAAACGUGCCGAUGGCUUAAUAACAAAUGCUCAUGCUGUGUUAGAUUUUCCUAAAAAAAAUGAAAGUCCUAUUAUUUCUAUUGGUAUUGCUUGUACUGGAAAAUUUAUUAUAUCAGCAGAAGUUAACAAUAAAAUUGUUUUAUACGAUACUAAAGGUGAAGUUCUUGAUACAAUUGAAACUCAUCAAGGUCAUUUAACGUAUGCUGCUGUAUCUCCAUGUGGUCGAUUUUUUGGUUCAUCUGGUUUUAUGAGUGAUGUGCGAUUUUACGAAGUUUGUUUUGAAAAAUCCAAUGGAAAUUUCAAAGAAACUCGAAAAGCAUUCGAUCUUAAAGGACACAAUGCUCAAGUUUCAUGUUUUAGUUUAAAUAAAGAUUCAACACGUGCUGCAACUAUAUCAAAAGAUAAUACAUGGAAAUUAUGGAAUACCGAUGUUGAUUAUCUUCAUAAACAAGAUCCAAAAUGUCUAUAUACGGGCAAAUUAUCAUACAAUAUUGAAGAUUUAGGUUUAAUUGUUCUUUCACCCGAUGCUUUAUCAGUCGCUAUUUCAAUCGAUAAUCGUAUUAUGUUUUAUAAUUUAAGUAAUGAGGAAAAAAAAUGUGAACAAGAUAUUGAAAAUUCUCAUUCAGACACUAUUCGUGUAUUAAUUAUGGAUGGCACAGGAAGAUAUGUAGCAUCUGCUGGUGACCGACAGAUACGAGUAUUUCAUAAUAUCGCUGAAUUAAAAGGGUUAAUUGAUGAUUUAACAGAAAAAGCUCAUACAGCAAAACAAUUAACAUUAAAAGAACGCAUGGAAGAACAAAUACACGAUGCAAUGUCAAAAAUCGAUAAAAUUUUAAAUGGUGCUUCUUAG